AUGGCCAAUUCUUCAAGCCUGUCCAAAGUACAGUCGACGGCAAGCGGGCGUCGACGGAGAACAUACGAUGCUCUCGAGUACACGCGGAAUCGAAUGGGCCUCAAGCCCGUGAUUGAGACAAGACCGGGCACUCACGGUGAUCCCGAGCUGUCAUGGUGGCCUCGCAUGCGCCUCAUGUUCCGGGAGCCACUGUUAGAGUUCUGGGGUACCCUCGUGAUGAUGUUGCUCGGAGGAUCCGUCACGGCAAUCACAUAUCUCAGCAAUUAUCAGAACGGAAAUUGGCUUACGAUUUGUCUUGGAUGGUCGGCUGCCAUGAUAUUUGGUAUCUACGUCGCUGGUGACUCGGGAGCCUAUCUCAACCCGGCGAUUACCUUGACUAAUUGUCUUUUCCGGGGGUUGCCUUUGCGCCGCUGGCCUGUUUAUGCUAGCGCUCAGCUUCUCGGGGCGUUCUGUGCGCAUGGCCUUGUGUACGGUAACUACAUCUCGGCCAUUGACCAAUACGAAGGGCACGCUAUACGAACCAUCCCUCCAAGCUCAACAACAAGCGCGAAGAUUUUCUGCCAGUUUCCUCAACCAUUCGUACCAAUAGGCAGUCAAAUAUUCUCCGAGUUCAUUUCCAACUUCUUCACCACCUUUCUGAUAUUGGCCGUCAGGGAUGAGAACGGCGCCGACCUGAAAGGUGGUGGGUUCUUCAUAAUCGCAUUUUUCUGGCUAAAUUUUGUCGUCAUGGCUGCCUUUGGAUGGGAAACAGGAUCCCCAAUCAAUCCGGCUCGUGAUCUAGCAGGAAGAACAUGGCUGGCGAUACUCGGUUACAAAAAUGCAUGGUCAGCCUACAACUACUACUUCUGGAUCCCUACCUUUGUUCCAUUCAUUGCAUGCUUCUUCGGAGCUCUAGCCUACGACAUCUUCAUAUACACAGGAGAUAGCCCUCUCAACAACGGUGCCUGGAGCUACAGCAAUUUUCGUAAAGGAACAACACAGUUAUGGAACUGUAUUCUCGUCAAGUCCGAGACAGGGCCUAAGAGGCGCCAAUCAGAUGAGGAGAGCCUGAGCGACAAGCAAGGCCGGGACAACCUGACAUCCAAAUCUAUCACUGAAAAAGAAGAGUCCAAGCCAUCAAGAAACAGUGCUGAAGGGGAACAGCAGCACGUCAAUGAAAAAGGAGUGCAGAAAGGAGAAGCCAACCAAAGCCUCGAGGAGAAGAAGGCCAAGGAGACCGGUUACGAUGACCCUGAGCCUGGUGCCGAAGAAUAUGGCGGCGAGGAGAUCGAGAAGCAUGGAAAUUAG